AUGAGAAUGUUGACCAACGAAAAUACUCAGUUCAACACACCUGUUAAACGUAUAUUUGAUAGUCAAUGCACGCUUGAGUUCCAAGCAUCAGUUGCUAUCGUACGUUUGAAAUAUUUCAUACAAAAGUAUGCCAAGAUAAUCAAUAGAGUCAAUAUCCCACAGGGACCAUCACGUAUAUCAGUCGUGAAUGAAUUUGUUGGCGUUUUAAACCACAUGUCUUUAUUGGUUGACCAAACGCCUCCCUUGGAAGGUCCUCGCAGGUACGGUAACUUGGCCUGUAGAGAUUGGCACGCUAAAAUUGAUGAGCAAAUGCCAUCGCUUUGGCGUAAAGUUUUACCAGAUAGAUUUCAUCACUGUAUAGUGGAACUAGUUCACUAUUUGGGUAAUAGCUUUGGGUCUGCCACUAGGUUGGACUACGGUACUGGACACGAAUUGUCUUUUUUAGCGGUGGUUGGUGCAAUUGAUAUGUUGGGGCUCUUUACAGAUGAAUUUCAAGGUGAAGAUUUUCUAUUGAUCAUGAAUGCCUAUUAUGCAGUAGUUCGCAAAUUGAUCCUUACCUACACUUUGGAACCAGCGGGUUCUCACGGAGUUUGGGGGUUAGACGAUCACUUCCAUUUAGCAUACGUUUUUGGUAGUGCUCAAUGGGCAAACUACAAAGAAGCACCUUUAAGACCAAGAGAUAUUUUGAAUCAUCAUUUGGUGCAGGAAUAUGCUCAUUUAAAUCUCUACUGUCAAACUAUUGGUUUUAUCUAUCAAGUGAAAAGAGGUCCAUUUCGUGAACAUUCAUCAAUGCUUUAUGAUCUGGCCACAACUGUUCAUACAUGGGCAAAACUGGAAUCUGGUUUGAUGAAAAUGUAUGCUGUAGAAGUUUUGAACAAGUUUCCAGUUGUGCAACACUUUUGGUUUGGUACUGGAUUUUAUCCCUGGGUAGAUAAUCAAACAGGUAAACAAUUACUCAUAUAUGAUCCUGCAGACGCUGACAGACGCAAUACAUCAUCAACGGGUGGUAAGUAUGCUGCGUUUGUAUCCUCUAUUAAUUCCCCUGUGCCCCAUUUUCCUGCACCUUCUACUACUGCAGCAUCGGAGGCUAGAGCGCCACCUGCAAGAACUCGUAUGGGACCCCCAACUGCAAGAACAACGAAUUCAACCGCACAUCAUGACCUAACGAAAAGAUAA